GGGAGCAAGGGGUUUGGAACCUUGGAGCCGGACCUUUCGCUAAUUCACCAACCACAAUCCAGACAUUCACCUGCGACAAACUCGUCCAUCACCUUCCUCCUCACACUCCUCCUCCUCUAUCCAACACCGCCCAGUCUUCUUUAACACCAACACCACCACCGCCGCCUUUCAAAUCAAACGCGCGCGUACUCCUCCUCCCUUGGCUGGCGCACAUACUGUCCUCUUCAUCGCCAUCUCCUCCGUCAACACCUCAUCACUCGCACUUUCUCAAUCUCCCUUUACGCCCAACACGGCCAGUCGUCGUCGUCUUUCCCCACAACACCCAAAACUCCUUCCCCCGCGCGAAAUCAGGCAUAACAGGAACGGCCCCGUCUUCCCACCGCCGUCCGCCUAACCCCUUGUCAUUCCGUACAUCCUCAUUCAACCGCCAUCAUCGACCGCAUCACUCUUCCAUCCACUUGCGGCAUGCCCACCACCCCGAUCUCGCCGGUCGGGCGGUCUGGCCCUUUCCGCCGCUCCGGUGGGGGUCCCCCGCUCAGCGCAUCAGGUCGCUAUGGCGAAAUCGAGACCGAUGACGGCGCGCUCGUCAUGGGCGGAAGCCGCGACUCGGAGGUCGUAGGCGUCUCUGGUGGACGUGAAAUGGGCGUGACCCGUCCCAAACGCAGGUUGUCAAGCCUUCCUUCAUUACCCACUUCUCCUCUUCAACCCAACAUGUCUUCAUCACAUUCCGAAUAUAGGGCGCUCAGCGCGACUUCAUCUCCACCCGCCUCGCCCGGAGGUGCUGCGGCCUACGGCGCUCCCUCUCUCGAUUCGAUCGCACAGCAAUCUAACAGCAACAACGCCGGACCCCACAUCCCAGCGUUGGCACGGCUAGCGCCCACUGUGCGAAUUGACGAGAAGGGUCCCACAUAUAUGCCGGCGAGCACCCCGGCGUCACGCGACCAAGGUCCGCCCAAGCUGUUCGGCAUUGAGCUCAAGUGGAUCUCCCUUAUCACCCUCGCGCUUCAGAACGCAUUCCUCACGAUCAUCAUGCACUACUCGCGGAUAGCGACCGCUCCGAACAAGACGUAUUCUGCAGCCGCAGCUGUCUUGCUCAACGAGCUGCUGAAAGGCGCAAUUUCGACCCUGGUUGCGCUCAAGCGCAUCGACAACGACAUGUCCGCGCAAGGGAUGCAGAAGGAGUCAAGGACCCGCCCUGUGCAGGCAGGCUUCACCAUGUUCAAGCCUAGCCGCCUGAGUGCGCUGCGCCGCGCGGUUCUAUCGCCCGAUUGCUACAAGCUCGCGGUCCCUGCUAUCCUCUACGUCAUCCAGAACAACCUUCAAUAUGUCGCCGCUUCGAACCUCGACGUCGCCACGUUCCAAGUCACGUACCAGAUGAAGAUUCUCACGACCGCCUUUUUCUCCGUUCUUAUGCUGGGUAAGCGUCUGAGCCGCGCUAAGUGGUGUGCUCUGGUUAUGCUGGCCCUUGGCGUCGGCAUCGUUCAGCUUCAAUCUACGACUGCCCCUGGCCAUGCAGCACGCCCUUCGUCGCAUAGCAAGCACUCGCUGCGGGACGAGCUCCCGGAGGAGGCCGAGAAGCUCGUCAAGCGCGCCGUCGAUGCCGCCACUGCUACACUGCCUGCCACUAUGCGUCCCUUCCGUGGCUUCGUGGCCGUCACCAUGGCGUGCUUGACCUCUGGUCUCGCGGGUGUUUACUUCGAGCUUCUACUCAAGUCGGGAUCAAGCUCUGGUGCGCCGGACCUCUGGGUUCGCAACACGCAGCUGUCUCUCUUCUCGCUCGUGCCGGCACUCGCUCCGAUCCUCUUCGCCGGACACUCGCCUGACAUGAGCUGGUUCAGCAACGUCACCUCAAAGUUCGCCAACUUCAAUGGCUGGGCUAUUGGCACCGUCCUGACCCAGACCUUUGGUGGUUUGAUUACGGCCAUCGUCAUCCGUUACAGCGACAACAUUAUGAAGGGCUUUGCAACGUCAUUGUCCAUUAUCAUCUCGUUCCUCGCCUCGGUGGCUCUGUUCAACUACCCUAUCACGUUCUCCUUCGUUGCCGGCGCUUUCAUCGUGCUUGCCGCAACGUUCCUGUACAACUCGCCUUCAAUGCCUGACGCCCCGCCUACGCGCACGGCCAUGGCUGUCGCCCCUGGCUCGCCGAUCCCGACAAACGCUCCCAUUAUUGGCGAGCCGCGCGCCCCGUCGCGCACAUCGAGCGUUAUCAACCUCCUUGCCGGUCUGGGCUCGCGCCCAGGCUCUCGGCGCGCCAGCGGGUCUGACACGCCCCGGCCCUUUGUCGCUGUGCCGCCUCUCUCUCGAGCAGGCUCGUACACGAGCAACACGGCAACGCCGUUCACGCAAUCUGCGCAGAACUCCCAUACCCAAUUGAACGAGUUUGGGAGGAUGUCGCCAGCGCCCUCGUCGUCCAAGCCCUCCCCGACCAAGGCAACCAGUGGCAAGGUGCGCCCCCAGCUUUCUCUCGACACAACUUCGCUCUAGCUGGGUCUAGACUUAGAGAGUGGGUAGUGGGACGCGCGGCGCGCUGGGCACCCACAGCCCCUUACAGAUUCCGGGACGCGGCGCCAUGGGCGCGCCGCCAGGCAGACUAUGCCCUAUAUCAGCCGCAACGGCUUAAUGUGUGACCUGAUGCAUCACGUAUGUAUGA